AUGAAAAUGCUUUGGAAGCCCCUUUUUGUUCUCACUCCUUUCCUCUUUCUCUCCAUACUUUCAUUGAAUAUCACAUUAGCAACAGAACUAGAAGCAGAAGCUUUAAUAAAAUGGAAGCUUAGCUUGUCUUCUUCUUCUCUUGGUUCUUGGUCCCAAUCCAACCUCACAAACCACUGCUUAUGGACUGGUGUUACUUGCAACCAGGCUGAUUCCAUUAUAGAGAUAAAUCUAUUCAAAGCCAUGAUCAUCGGAACACUUGAAAGUUUUAGCUUCCCUUCAUUUCCAAAUCUCGAACGUUUCAACCUUAGCAACAACAACUUUGAAGGAUUAUUACCAUCAACUAUUUCCGAACUCUCAAAGCUCAUGUAUUUGGACUUCGGCAGUAAUAAUUUCACUGGCAAUAUUCCUUCAACAAUCGGGGAAUUGACCCAGCUUCGGUAUGUUAGUUUCUACAACAACAGUUUGGAAGGUACCAUCCCAUACCAAAUUAUUAAUCUUCAAAUGCUAAACUACUUAGACAUUGGAGCAAAUUACUUUGAAUUUGUUGAGUGGUCAAACAAUUCUGGUUUUCCUUCGCUUACUUACCUCAGUUUUUCUUAUAAUGAAAUUAAAUCCGAGUUUCCAAAGUUCAUAUUGGAGUGUCGUAACUUGAAGUACCUUGAUCUAUCGCUAAAUAAACUAGUUGGAACCAUACCCAAACUGGUAUUUUCCAAUCUGGACAAGCUUGAAUUCUUAAAUCUUACUGACAACUUAUUUCAAGGGCCGUUGCCAAUAGAUCUUGCAAAGCUUUCCAAUCUCAAAGAACUUCGUCUUGGACGUAAUAACUUUAGUGAUUCUAUUAUUGAAGAGAUUAGUUUACUUUCUAACCUCGAAAUCAUUGAACUAUAUAACAAUUCGUUGGCGGGAAUGAUUCCUUCUUCAUUAGGCAAACUAAGAAACCUUCGUAUGCUAGACCUCAGGUGGAAUCACUUGAACUCAACAAUUCCAGCUGAGCUUGGCCGUUGUACCAAUCUGACCUACUUGGCUUUAGCUGUGAAUUCCCUUGCUGGUGUCUUGCCUUUGUCCUUGACCAAUCUAGUGAAAAUAUCUGACAUUGGUUUAUCAGAUAACUUUCUUUCUGGGAGUAUAUCACCUAUUCUGUUCUCCAAUUGGACCAACUUAAUCUCUUUACAACUUCAAAACAAUAACUUUACUGGCAGUAUUCCGCCACAAAUAGGCCUACUGAAAAAGCUGAAGUGCCUUUUUCUAUACAACAAUAAACUAUCUAGCUCCAUCCCCUCGGAGGUUGGGGAAUUGAAGGAGCUGGAGUCAUUAGACCUUUCGGACAACCAGCUCGAUGGUCCUAUUCCUCCAACACUCUGGAAUCUCAGAAGCCUCAACACAUUACAAAUUUUCUCCAACAAUCUUAGUGGCACAAUUCCUUUGGAAGUUGGAAAUCUUUCCUCCAUUGUCGUUUUUGAUUUAAGCUUUAAUCAGCUCCAAGGAGUGGUGCCCGAGACCAUUUCUGGCCUAAGUAACCUACAAGGAUUCUAUGUCUCGUCCAAUAAACUAUCAGGCCGUAUUCCAGAGGAUUUUGGGAGGUACAGCAAAUCUUUAAGCGCCGUUAGCUUUUCAAAUAACAACUUCUCAGGAGUACUGCCACCCAAACUAUGCAAUGGUUUUUCCAUACAAUAUUUAACAGUGAAUAACAAUAAUUUUACUGGUUCGCCGCCGGAUUGCUUGAGGAAUUGCUCAGGACUAAUCAGAGUCCGUUUCGAUCACAACCUAUUCGCGGGAAAUAUUUCGAACAUGUUCGGAGUCCAUACAACACUCUUGUAUGUUAAUCUCAGCACCAAUCUGUUCUCCGGCAUGAUCCCUCCGAGUUUUGGCAAUUUAGCUAACCUCAACUAUCUGGACCUGUCGAGUAACCAAUUCACAGGAUCCAUUCCCGAAGAGCUCGGAAAUUGCAAGAGUUUAUUGACACUAAAUAUGAGCAGAAAUGGCCUCACCGGCAGCAUACCCUCAGAGAUCGGCAACUUAACCAUGUUGCAAAACGGCUUGGAUCUCAGCAGCAACUCAUUCUCAGGAACAAUUCCUCAGAGCCUGGGGAAGCUUACAUUGCUGAAGGCUCUCAAUGUUUCCCAUAACAUUCUCUCGGGGAGAAUCCCGGCAUCGCUGUCCAACAUGACCAGCCUGGAGUCCAUUGAUUUCUCCUAUAAUAAACUGGUUGGUCCGAUCCCAAACGGCGCCGUUUUCGGAGGAGCACCAGCAUCAGCUUACAGCGAAAACCCCGGCUUGUGUGGAAAGGCAGCGGGACUGGCUCCUUGCAGCGGCGAUUAG